AUUUGACUAAACGAUAGAUAAAUCAGACCUCAAAGAAUGGCCGAAGGAAUCAUGGUUUUGAUAUUUAUCCAUGCGCUCAUACUUUUACACACAACCGAAGCAGCCACUACGUACAGGACAUCCACAACAGGAGAUGCAACCUUAAUCAACAUAGCAUCAAGCACUUCAACAGUCUUGCCUAAGUGCCAUGACAAAAUAGAUUUAGCUUUCAUGAUUGAUGCUUCCGGAUCUGUUGGAUCUGCCAAUUUUAGGAAGAUGAAGAGUUUCGUUUCGAAUUCCGUCUCCCAUUUUACAAUUGGACCUAACGAUGCACAAGUUGGUGUUAUUACAUUUUCUUCUCAACCCCAUUUUCAAUUUGCAUUAAACAAGCACACAGAUAAGAGUUCUCUGAGCAAUGCCAUUCAAAACAUCCCUUAUCAGUCAGGUGGUACAAACACUGAUAUAGCACUGACUUAUAUUGAGAAAAACACUUUCACCUCUGCCUCUGGGAACAGAAUAGAUGCCCGAGACAUUCUAGUGAUUAUUACUGAUGGUAAAUCGGCACACCCUCCAAAAACUGCUUUUGAGGCAAAUCGACUUAAACAAAGAAAUGUUGAGAUCAUUGUAGUUGGAAUUGGCCAUGCAGACAAAGCUGAACUAAACAAGAUGGCUUCAGACCCAGCCUAUGUUUUGUAUGCUACUGAUUUUGACUCGUUGAGUCAUAUAUAUGACGCAAUACAUUCAAUCGCCUGUAAUUUAGUAUUUACAACACAAACACCGCCAACGACAACAGCCUCAACAACAACAUUAUUGACGCCACCGUUUAUUCCAGCAGAGUCAGGAGGUGCCACUGUACCCACAUUUGCACCUGUAAUUGGAAAGUAG